AAAGCCCUAAUCUUCUUAGCUGCCCGAUUCUCUAUACUCUGUUAUUUCCAUUUCAUUGUUUAAAUUCCUUACCUCUAUUUCGAAGUCCCCCGCUGCCUCAUGUAAACCUCCUUCCAUGGCUCCGCCGCCGUCAGUAAAGUUUCUCCACCGCCUCUCAAUCAAAUGGGUAUCUAGUAUCUGAUUUCAAUUUUUUGUAAUUGUCAGCAGUACCCUUAUGAUACUCAGUUUUAAUGUUAUAUUGGUUUCAAUGGGUAGAUUUUAUUGAAUGAUAACCAAGGAUUUUAACGCAAUGGAUCUAUCAGAUGCAGUAAUAGUAAAAUCAAGCAGAUUAAAAUCUGUUGUAUGGAAUGAUUUUGAUAGGGUUAAAAAGGGUGACACUUUUGUAGCUAUUUGUAGACAUUGUAACAAAAAACUUAGUGGGUCUAGUACAAGUGGAACCUCUCAUUUAAGAAACCAUUUAAUUAGAUGUCAAAGAAGAACUUCUCAUGGUGGCAUUGCACAAAUUUAUUCCAAGAAAAAAGAUGGAAAUCUUGCACUUUCUAAUGUUAGUAUUGGUCAAGAAUCGGGACGGGAUGAGCCUCUUAUUGUUGUUAAUUAUAAUUUUGAUCAAGGGCCGGUUAACGAUGACGGUGUUACUAUUGCCUGUGGUAGUUCGGGUAGUUUUGAUUAUAGGCGGAGUCGGAAAGAUUUGGCCCGGAUGAUUAUUUUACAUGGCUAUUCGAUUCGUAUGGUUGAUCAUGUCGGGUUUAGGGUUUUUGUUAGGAAUUUGCAGCCGAUGUUUGAGCUUGCAACGGCUGAGAGAGUGGAGGCGGAUUGUUUAGAUAUUUAUAAGCAGGAGAAGGAAAAGGUGUAUGCAGUUUUGGAUAAAUUACAUGGAAAUAUUAGUGUAAGUGCCUGUUUGUGGUCUGCUUCAAAUGAUGCUGAGUACUUGUGUUUAACGGCACAUUAUAUUGAUGACGUUUGGCAAUUAAAUAAGAAGGUUUUGGUUUUUCUUUUGGUCGAUCCAAUGCAUACAGAUGAUAUGUAUCCUGAAGUCAUUAUGUCGAGUUUGAUGGAUUGGGAUAUAGAUCGUAAGCUGUUCUCUGUCACAUUUGAUAGUCAUUCUUCCAGUGAUGAUGUUGUUGAUACAAUUAGAAUCCGCUUGUCCCAGAACAGGUCCCUUUUUUGUGAUGGUAUGUUGUUUGAUAUUCGUUGUGCUGCCAGUCUUGUCAAUUUUAUGGUUCACGAUGCGUUGGAAGCACUCUUUGAGGUGACACAUAAGAUUCGAGAAAGCAUUCGGUAUAUCAGAAGUUCACAAGAAACUCAAAUGAAGUUUAAUGAGAUAGUUGUACAAGCUGAAGUUGAGAGUCAGAAGUGCUUAUGUCUUGACAAUCUAUUGCGGUGGGAUUCAACUUAUUUUAUGCUUGAAGCUGCUCUGGACUACAGAUCAGCAUUUUCCGUUCUUCAAGAACGAGAUCCUGCUUAUGCAAUGUGUCCUACUGAUAUAGAGUGGGAAAGGGCAAGGUCCAUUACAAGAUAUUUGAAACACUUUGUUGAAGUUACUAAUGUUUUUGUGAAGAAUAAGUAUCCAACUGCAAAUAUGUACUUUUCUGAGAUCUGUGAUAUUCACUUGCAGUUAAUCGAAUGGUGCAAGAAUCCAGAUGAUUAUAUUCGUUCAACGGCAGUGAACAUGAAAAACAGGUUUGAUGAAUAUUGGGAUAAAUGCAGUUUUGCUUUAGCAGUUGCAGCUAUGUUAGAUCCUCGGUUCAAGUUGAAGUUGAUUGAGUAUUAUUAUAAAAGAAUAUUCGGUACAGGUUCUGCAGAGUUAAUUGAUGAAGUUUUCGAGUGUAUAAAGAGACUGUACAAUGAUCAUUCUAAUGGCUCUCCGUUAGCUUCUUUUGACCAAGAUAGCUCUGGCUGCUUACUUAUUUGUGAUAGGGAUAGACUAACAGGAUAUGACCAAUUUUUGCAUGAAACUUCUGAGACUCAAGGUGAAAAGUCAGAUUUGGACAAGUUCUUGGAAGAACCUCUAUUUCCUCGUAGUAUAGAUUUUAACAUAUUAAAUUGGUGGAAAGUUCACACUCCGAGGUAUCCUAUCCUUGCAAUGAUGGCCCGGAAUAUCUUAGGAAUUCCAAUGUCAAAGGUUACACCGGAAUUUGCUUUUAACAGCGGUAGGAGAGUGCUUGAUCGCGAAUGGAGUUCACUGCAACCAACUACUGUGCAAGCUUUGAUGUGCUCGCAAGAUUGGAUGAGUGUUUCAGAAAACUAGUUUCCUUUUAGUAUUACUCUAUUUUUGGGAUUAUCAUGGCGUGCUUAUUCUUAGUAGGAUGUUCCGGAGAUUCAUGACAGAUGCACUCAUGUUCACGGAGACGUUUGCUUAAAACCACGCCAUCAUAAUUGGGGUUUCAUGAAUUUGGUGGUUGUUAUUUGCUUUAAGGCAUGUUAUAUGCUAAUUGAAGUGUUGAAAGAGUUGAACGCAGGUCUUGGUGUCGCACCUCUUUCAUCUGAUGUUUUACGAAAACUUAUUGAGUCUCAUGCUUCAGUGUUUUGUUUCCAUUUUUGGAAACACCUGUGAAGUUCAAAACUCUAUAUUUAUAAUAUAGUUUUACCAAAAGAAAAAAGUUAAUGCAGUUUUUUUAUUUUGGGUUUCUCCUUGGAAAACAAGGAGGGAAGGAAGGGUUUAGAGCUAUUUGAAACUCCAAAAUUGUAGUUUUUGAUAUGUGAAAUUUCUUUAGUAACCUCUGCAGAUUUGUGAAGAUGAAAUUUGUUUUAGUGACGGUUUAAGAUCGAUGGAGUUUCAUGUUGUCGGUUCAUUUCCUCUUUUUUUGUUCAGUUAUAGUGUAAAAGAAUUGAAUCUAAAAUUUUGUA